UUCUGAACGACACUUUAUUGUAAUGCGUCAAACGGCCAUACGUCAAUGUCAAAAGUUAGUAGGUUAUUUUAGGACGCACCGUGGAGCACUUACUUAUUUGUAUUGAAGUUCACAAAAAUGUUGCCUCCAGCAAGUGGCACCGGAAAGUUUUAUGCAAAGGCAGCUAAAUCAAUACGUUUAAUCCGCCAGGGAUGUACCAAUAGGCCGUUCUUUCAUAUAUCUGUUACUCAUAGAAAGAGAUUGAACAGCCAACCUGUAAUUGAACAGCUUGGUUCCUAUGAUCCAAUGCCAAAUGUACACAAUGAGAAACUGGUUGCACUUAAUUUAGAACGCAUAAAAUAUUGGCUUGGUAAAGGUGCUCAUGUAAGCCCGCCUGUCGCUGAAUUAUUUGGUCUAGCUGGUUUCUUCCCAAUACAUCCUCGAUCAUAUAUGAAUGCUUGGAGAAAUAGGAAAACUACACAAGAAAAUAUAGCAAAGCAAAUGGAAGAGGAGAAGGCUAAAGAAACUGCAAACUUAUAAAUAAUAAUUUAAAUAGAUUAGAUUAUAUCAUUGCAUUAUUGAUAGUUUA